CAUCGCGACAGAUAACAAGUUUCGACCGCCGUUUUUUCGAAAGGAAUGGAAUUUAAUUCGAAACAUCGAAAAUUAUCAAAAAAUAAAAAUUCUGUUCGUACUCCUUCAUCCUCGAAACCCAGAUUGACCAAAAAAAAGAUAGUUACGCGAAAACGAAAAUGCGUUUGCCUCCCUGAAAAUUAUUCAGUUGUAGAGUUCCCUACGAUAUGGAAUGAACUAAGACAGAACGGUCAGCUGUGCGAUGGCACUAUCGUGUGCAGGGACAUGAAAACAAUUCGAGUGCAUCGGGCGAUACUAUCUGCCGUUAGUCCAUACUUCAAAGCCAUAUUUAUUAAUUCGUUAAAGAAAGGAGAGCCUGAGGAAACGGAAAUUUUUGUCGAUGUCCCUAGCUAUUACAUGACCUUGAUUCUCGACUAUGCCUACACAGGAACUUGCACAGUGACUGCAGAAAACGUGGAAUAUCUCUUACCAUAUGCGGAUCAAUUUGAUGUUGUUGGUGUUAUACAGCUAUGCUGUCAGUUCCUUUUGCACGAGCUGAGGCCGCAUAACUGUCUUGGAAUAUUUAAAUUCGCAAGAUAUUAUUUCUGUAGUGAGCUAGAAAAGAAAGGAAAGUUGUAUAUAAGACAGAAUUUUAGCAGAAUACUUAAGGAAUGUAUUGAAUUUAAAACACUUUCAUAUGAUGAAUUAGAAGAUAUUUUGAGAGAUGACGAACUGAAUGUUCGAAACGAAGAAAUAGUAUUCCAAGCAGUUAAAACUUGGGUGGAACACGAUUUAGAAAACAGAAGGAAAUGUAUUCCACCAUUACUAUUAUGUGUACGGUUUGGUCACAUCAGCUAUAAAUAUUUUAAAUCGAAAAUAUUGCAAUGGCAGCCGGUUGCUGAAGACGAGAAAUGUCAAGAAGCUUUGUAUCCAGCCGUAGUAUUCCUUACAUUAUUGGAUUCAAGGCCAGGGACAGAAGCAGAUCUUAAUGAUCCUUUAGCAAGGCCCCGAAUACCUUUUGAGAUACUUUUUGCAGUUGGUGGUUGGAGCGCUGGUAGUCCUACUAGUUUUGUUGAAACGUACGAUACAAGGGCGGACCGAUGGUUUCUGUCUAUUCAUAUGGACCUGACACCUCGAGCGUACCAUGGCCUUUGCACAUUGAAUAACUUAAUUUACAUGAUCGGUGGUUUCGAUGGGAGUGAUCAUUUCAACACCGUUCGGUGCUACGACCCUGUGGCAAACACUUGGCAUGAAAGGGCCUGCAUGUACCAGGCGCGGUGCUACGUUAGCGUUGUGGCUCAUGAUGGUUUAAUCUACGCCCUGGGUGGUUACAACGGACGUACGCGCAUGUCUUCAGUGGAGCGCUACUAUCCUGACAAGAAUCAAUGGGAAAUGACUACGCCGAUGAACAAGCAACGCUCGGACGCUAGUGCCGCGUCUCUUGGUGGAAAGAUAUACAUCGUUGGUGGAUUCAACGGCCAAGAAGUGUUAAGUUCUGCCGAGGUGUUCGAUCCAGACACAAAACAGUGGAGCUUCAUCAGAUCGAUGCUCAGUCCCCGAUCCGGAGUCAGCCUUAUCGCUUAUAGGGACUGCCUGUACGCACUUGGGGGAUUUAAUGGAUACAGCCGAUUGAACACAGGCGAAAGGUUCAACCCGCAGCGCGGCGGGGACUGGCAGGAGGUGACGGAGAUGUUCAGCGCUCGAAGUAACUUCGCUACGGUGUUACUUGAUGACAUGAUCUUCGUUAUUGGAGGAUUUAACGGGUCAACUACGAUACCCCACGUGGAGUGCUAUGAUGGUGACACGAUGGAGUGGUACGACGCUGCACCCAUGAACUUGAACCGAUCAGCGUUAAGUGCCUGUGUUUUAGCUGGCCUGCCCAACGCGCGGUCGUUCUCAUACCUCGCCAAAGCCGUGCCUGCCGCCGGCGCAGACCAGGCACACCACUCCUGACCAUCCCUCAAACCAAAACCAACCACACAAAUACACUCCACUCAAGAUGCAGCUACUCCCCAUCAAUCCUUCGCUUCCUCCAAAACAACUACAACGCCAACGAUGAUCAAGAUAUUUUCAGAUACAUUUUCAAGUUCUCCAAUUGGCCAAUUUUUGAACCAAAAUGGUGGCCAUUGUGUGGCUUUUGUGAUUGAUACGUAUAUCUCUGUGAUAUUUUCAUUGUACAUAGAGUUUUGUGAUCUAUUUUAUGUAUCGAAAAUCAUGGUGGUAUGGGCUUAUUUUAUUGUACAGAUCAUGUCCAAGCAUAUUUUGUAUUUUAUUGUUUUAAGUACAGGCAAAAUGAUUUGCCUUACGAUAAUGAAGGGAAUGCAGGUCCCUAAAAUAAUAUUAUGGGUAUUUUAGAUAUUGUUUUAAAGCGAGGGAUUUGUUGUAAAUUUCAAGUUUUUUAUAGUGUAGUUUGUGAAAAAUUUUAUUUUCGUAUAUUUGUGUACAGUUCGCGUCCGUGGGAAAUCAGAGUGGUCGCGUUUUGGAUGUGUGUACGAUAUUGCGGUGGGCGGAACCUUCGCGAUAUUGUUGUAUCUGUGAUAUUUUUCACUUAGUGCUUGAGAAAAUUCAAAAAAAUGUAAAAUUGUUAAUUUUUUUAAUUUACUGAAAAAUUUACUGUACCUGAUUGAAAGAUAGAGAAAUUGACAAAUAAAGAAAA